AUGCGCGAAUUAGAGGGCCAAGAUGCAGAAUCCGUAUUCAAAUGUCUUCUCACAACGCUUGCUGAGUUUGGAUUUGAUGAGGAUUAUUUAUCAAAGAAUCUCAUUGCUUUCACAAUUGAUGGGGCUUCUGUCAUGUUGGGAAUACACUGCGGCGUGGGCCAAAGACUGAAAGAAAAAUUUCUUGUGCUUUUCCUGUGGCACUGUCUGAAUCACCGCCUAGAAUUGGCUAUCUCUGACGCAGUAUCAUCAGUUGAUGGCUUCUAUACCAUACAAACUUUUUUUGACAAUAUCUAUUCUGUAUAUUCUUACUUGUCCAAGUUACAACGAGAACUUAGUGAAAUAUCAAGGGAUCUCGAUCUGCAGGUAAAAAACAUUGGUAAAAUUUUAACUGUUCGCUGGAUUACGUCAUCCUUUAGAGCGACCAAGGCUUUAUGGAAUGAUUACCCGGCUCUUUAUUCGCAUUUUAGGAAAGUUUCAGAGGACAAGUCAAUUAAAUAUACCGACCGUGCAACGUACCAGGGGAUUGUGAAGAAGCUCUCAACUAGAAAAUUCGUUGAAGAUGUGGCAAUUGUUAAGCACUGUUUAGCCCAACUAUCCUUGCUAUCAGAAGCCUUACAGCGGCAACAGACAAGCUUAGUUGAAGCAAAUAGACAUCUGCAACGGACGUUAAACGCACUGUUUCGAAUUAAAGAAGCAAUUCAGGAAGGAAAGUACAGGUUUCAAUCGACAACUGGAUAUAUCUCUGGAUUUAAAGGGGUUUCCUUGGAAGCUUUCUCGUCAAGAAAAGGGUAUGUGUCUUCGAUUGGAAGCAGUUUAUCCAGACAUUAA